AUGGUCUCUUGGCCCACUCCGGGCCGGCUGAAGGAUGAGAACAGGCCUAGCUCCUUCACUGCCCUAGCCAAGCUUAUAAAGCAGUCAUUGUCCGGUUUCGAAACCCUCCAAUCCCUAAUUGUAGCCAUGACCAUCACAAUCCAGAUCCAGUCGCGGACACGCGUCCAGCCAACCUGUCCUCCUGAUCUCUCGCAGUCCGUUCUUCUUUCUAUACUGGACGCCACCCAUCUCACCACGGGGACUGCAGCAACCAUACUCUUCUACGAUGCCGUCGAGCGAGACAUCGCCCAUCCCCCAACCCCUGCAGCACUGCAGACAUCCCUGGCGCGGGCACUCGACGCCUACCCGCAGUGGUGCGGUUCCCUGCAUCGACAACCCGGACGCCCAGGACGACUCAUGCUGACCUUUGGCGGCCCUGCUGCCCCAGGAGUCGCCUUCAUCGUGGCUCACGCGGAUUGUCCUCUGACCCAACACCUUCCUACGAACCGAGAAUCGGUCUGGGACGUGUCGGACUUUCCAGAGGCCAAGCUAUUACCGGAUACUCCGCUCUCUCUGACCGAUCUGUCCGACGCCAGCCUCCCCAAUCUGGCCAUCCAGAUCACCACAUUCUCUGACGGUGGCCUGGCAGUGGCCCUCCGGAUCGCUCAUCCCCUGGCAGAUGCCCACUGUCUGGCCGGCUUCGCGCUGCACUGGGCAGCAACCCUAAACCCUCCCCAGAAUGAACCUCCCCAACCAACCUUCGACCCGCAGCAACUCGACCGACACGCCACCAGGAUCCCGACUGAUAAUACCACCACCACCACCCUGCCCAUCCACCGCUAUGACCCCUGGAUCUCUUCCGAAGGAUGUCCGCUGCGCGGCCGAUGGACCCAACCACCCCCCGAGUUCGGCUCGCUGCCCCUCGACCCACCGGGCGAGCCCAUCCCUUGGCAUCAAUGGGACCCUACCGCGCCAGUAACCCAAACUGUCCUCCAUUUCACCUCCCACGAGCUACAGAAUCUCUGGGCCGAAGUUGACACCGAAGAACUAACCCAUCAUGAUACACUCCUCGCCCAUCUCUGGUCAUGCGUAACUCGGGCCCGCCGUCCCUCCUUUCCCAUCCAGGACCCAUCAGAGGAAGACCCAGAAGACAUCAUCUACCUCACCUACGCCCUAGGCCUUCGCAAACGCCUUACUCCGCCACUUUCCCCCUCCUUCCUCGGUUCUCCAACCAUAUCAGCCGCCAUUCCCUCCUCCACCGGAACAGUAUGCUCACCGGAGACAAACCUAUCCACCCUCGCCAGCCACAUCCGAGCCACAGUAUCCCAAUUCACCCCAACUCGCAUUGCAACCUACCUACACGAUAAGAUACACGAGGAGUGUCCCCACCGAUACUGGCCGGGUUUCAUGGGCCGGAGGCAUCUGAUGGUGACCUCGUGGGUGGGGACUCGAUUGUAUGAGGUUGAUUUUGGAAUGGGUCGUCCGCGAUAUGUCAAGGGGGUGAUGCCUCAGUUAGAUGGGAUGGUUCUUGUUAUGGAGGGAUCUCCUAGGAUGCCUGUCAAGAAAAUGACGCAUUGGAUGAGGUAUGGGGUGGAUGUGAUGGUGUGUUUGGAUGCGGAUGUUAUGGGUAGACUGCUACAAGACCCUGUUCUUUGGCGAUUUCGCGAUACUACUGCUGGGGUUAUUUGAUUACCUCUAUUUGUUGAUCCUAAGUUGAGGAUAUCGUGAGGAGGGGGAUGGUGAAUAGAAGUUUUCUCGUGCUUCUUGCCUAGCCUCUCAGGGUGGACCAUAUAAAAUUUGUCUCUGGUUUUCCCCUCUACCUUGGUUUAUACUCUUCUCUAUACCAGUUUAUUUUAUUUGCUGCAGUUGAUUUGAUUCUGUCCUGUUUUGAUCCGACUUGUUUCU